CGAUGAAAAAUACGCAAAUAACCAAAUGUACGUGACAUUUUGAUCAUACCCAACGGGAUCAGUGGUUUAUGUACGUACACACUCGAUGCGGGGAGAAAGUUGCUGGACAUGUUUUCCUGAAAGUGUGUUAUUAUUUCACAGUGUGCAACAUUGUAGACACUGUACUUACCUGGAUUUGUGAUUGAACAACAAACAUCCCAAAUCCCGUGUUUGAAUGGUUUCGAUGCAAGUUGUUUACUCUAUGGCCUGAAGAAAAGUUGUCGAACUCGAAGUAUAUGUUAUCUGUUGCGCACGAUCCCGUAAUGGAGCUGCAUGCAUUCGACUUUGGCCCAGAGGAAAUUGGCUCCGUAGAACUCGCUGUCAUAUACAUAAAAUGAUAUUGAAACAGGCCCCACACAUGAAUGAGGUACACCUGGGGAUCCAGGGCCGCCGUGACCCCUAACAGCAGCAAACUUCUUCAGAUCUGACUUGAGGGAGGAGGUGUGUGUUCUCCACCCUCUACUCUUUCCUGUCGGACUUAUGUUUCCUCCCGAGUUCCUCUGUUCUCGCCGUUAAACAAAGCAGGACACAACGGUCCCAGACCGAGGCAGUCUAGGCAGAAACACUUGGCCUCGUCCUUGUUUUUUACUCAAGUGACUGGGGAUAUAUAUAAAGGACCUCAACUUUUUCCCCCGCUGUUUUAGUUUUUUUGCUUGAUGAUUAUAGUAUGAGUCAUCCUCCCCAGCAGAAAGUGAUCCCUGAUAAGAGUGGGGGCAAACAUCGGGCUGCAGCUGCCAUGAAGGAGCCCACAGUGCAGCACGCGGGGGAUGUCUUCUAUGGCGGUAUGGGCCCCCCGGCUCUGGAGUCUGCUCACAGGGUAGGGGAGCCUGGAGGCCACGGCUCUGGGGUCUUCAACCCAGAGAAGGGGCCCCAAAGUCGUGCACACUAUCAGCAGACUGCCUCUGUCAAAUGGAUGCACCAGGACCACAUCCAAGCUGCUGGCUGGUCUCAGGAUGCUUCCGGACCCCUGCCAACCAAUUCAUGGGGGCAGAACUUUAGCCCGUAUAUGGACGGCUUGAACAACGUUAGGGUCCAGAUGGCCUUCCCCAAGGGGAGCCACGAUGGAGGAGCUGCUCUGCAGAUGGGGCCAGCAGAGAAACAGGCUCCAGGUUCCAUGGAGGUUUACAGGGAGGCAACCCAAGCUCAAGCCCAGGCUAGGGGCUUAGAGUGGGGGCAGCAAGCUGCCGCAGUCGCCAUGCGUCAAGCCCAGCUCCAGGCCUUCCAGCAGGGCCAUACAGGUGUAGAUCUCCAGGCUCAGCCCCCCCAUGCCCCCUCCUCUCACCCCACCAUGCAACCAGGGUCCUUGAUGCAGCCCAUCCAGCUGGCGUUCGGACCCACCAAACAGCACCUUCCGUCUGGAUACUAUCCGGUGUUCCAGGGGGGAACCAAGGCCAUCCCCAACCUGAGCUACAACGAGCAGCCAAAAACCCAACAACAACACCAACUGAUGCAGCUUCAGAUGCAACAGCAGCAACAACAACAGCAGAAGCAGCAACAACAACAGUUACAUCAGCAGCAUCAUCAUCAACAACAACAACAACAGCAGCACCAGUUGCAGCAACAGCUCCAGCACCAAAUGCAACAGCAUCAGAUCCAACUGCAGCUGAAUCAGCAGUAUCACAAGCAGCAAAUACAACAGGAGCAACGGCAACAAAUGCACCAGCAGCAGCUUCAACCGCCACACAGUUUACCACCGCAGGAAAUACUGCAGCCGCAGUCUCAGCAAAAGCCGCAGCCAAACCAACACAUCCUGAGUUAUAACCAGCCCCCUGACAACUGUCCAUCUAGAGCUAGCCCCUCAACCCCUCAGAAGGACAUGCCUCUGUCUGUGGAGACUGAGGGACUGGGACAUACACCGGAUGUAGAUACCCCGUCCGCUGACCCAUCAAGCACACCAACCGACCCCUGCCCCCCAAAACUCACAUCGGACCCCAUGUCACCCUCCUCAGACGCAUCUCCGGCUGCCCCCCGUCGCUCCCGCCGCCUCUCCAGAGAUGGGCUAUCACCACUCGUGGACCCUCCCUCACUAUCCCCKUGGAACCAGACCUUCAGAGAGGUACCCCAGAACGGUGUGGUAGCCAGACGAGAAGGGGGGGGGAGACAGGGGCCGACUGGGGGGGUUAUCCAGAGUACCCGCCGGAGGAGGAGGGCGUCGAAAGAGAUCAACUUGGAGACUCUGGCCCAGAAGGCUUCCGAGAGGGAAUCACUGCCCUCCUCCAAGAUGGCCAAGCAGCAGCAGGAGGAGGGUCUUAUGGGCAGACAAGCUGGUAUGGUGCCCCUGGUUAUCCCCGUGUCCGUGCCAGUGUGCCAGGGUCAGACAGCCCCUCCGGGCACCUGGCCUCACGGGCGCCCCCCGGGCCAGCAUGCCCUGCUCCCGCCCCAGCCCCAACACAAGCCCUCAGUCAUUGUAGCAAGCCGCCGCUCACUGAGGAACUCCCUCUCGGAGAGCUUCAGCCCGGACGGGGAGGGCGAUGUUGGUCAGGACGACGAUGGGAAAUUAGCCAAGCACAAAUGGCGGCCUCGUCCCGAGCCCCUCUUCAUCCCGCCACCCAAACCGGCUACGUUCAUCGCCCCCUCGGUCUACUCCGCCAUCACUCCCUACCAGAGCCACCUGCGGUCGCCCAUCCGCCUGCCCGACCACCACUUCACCCUGCCGCCCUACACCCCGCCGCCCAUCCUGUCGCCGGUGCGCGAGGGCUCUGGUCUCUACUUCUCCACCUUCCUGUCUUCCAUCGCCGCCAGCAACCAGACCCUGCAGCCGCCACCCAACACGCCCAAGUCGGCCUCGCGCAGCCUUCUGCGAUCCACCAGCUCUACAGACAUCACACCCCCAGUCCUCCCUUUGAUCACCGACGCCACACCUGUCAGCUUUGAACCGCGUAUUAACAUUGGCCUACAGUACCAGGCGGAGGUACCAGAGCUGCAGUGUGACCGCUCGCUGACCCAGUGGGACCAGCACAAGGCUGACCUGGUCUGGCUCCCCAUGAAGGCGUCCCUGCUACGCCACGCAGAGCAGGAGACCGUGGAUGACCUGAUGAGCUUGGCCUGCUCCAGCGCUCUGUAUGGCGGUGGCACCAAUCAGGAGCUGGCCCUCCACUGUCUGCAUGAGUGCGGGGGCAAUGUCCUUGAGACCCUGGCGUUCCUGUUGCUCAAGGAGCCCGUUUUCUCUGAUGGCCACCACCUGGCGGACUAUCACUACUCAGGAUCAGACAGUUGGACUCCCUCAGGAAAGCGCUUCUUCAUAAAGGCAUCUCUACUACAGGAAGGACUUCUUCAUGUGCGAAACUGUUCACAGAGCUCUCAGGGAUCAAAACCAAGUCAGGAAGAAGUUGACAGGAAGUGGGAAGGGUCAUGUGACAGGGGUCAAGAUGGCAACCAGUCCAGGGUUUCUCAGACACUACAGGCUCACGACAAUACAGGAGUAGUGCUAGGGCACAGGGACCAGGAUGCUGUACACAAGGUUGGUCCUCCCCAUCCAACCCCUCCCUCUGCAGCCAGAAAACCUCGACCCGAGGCGGGGAAGAAGAGCAGAGCGCCCCCAAAGCCCCCCGGUGACCCAGAGGGCGUGUUCCCCUGCAAGAAGUGUAGCAGGGUGUUCUACAAGGUGAAAAGCCGCAGCGCCCACAUGAAGAGCCACGCUGAGCGGGAGAAGAAGGAAGCCGCACUCAAACUCAAAGAGGAGGAGGAGCGGGUGUUUGAGGCGGAGGCACGGGCCAGGGAGGCAGCAGAGGUUAUGCAGAAUGGGAACGGGGGUGGGAAUGGAGCAGGAGAACAGGAUGAGGUCAGUGAUGAGGGUGUGCCUUCAGAGACAGAAGAUGAAAAGGACCAGGACUGGCAGUGAGAGAGGGGAMGAAUGAGAGGGAAUGAAAGACAUAUCCUACUCCCGGAAAAACAAACGAGUACAAAUAAUCUUUGUACCUGAAACAAUGAGAUUGAGUAUGGAGGUGUUCCAGGUCAUCGUUACAGAUGUGCUGCACAGACGAUCAGAUCUUACAACACCCAGGGAGGUGUUUAGAGUCUAAGGAACCACAUUUACAGUGCCUUCAGAAAGUAUUUAUACCCCUUGUCUUAUUCCACAUUUUGUUGUGUUACAACCUGAAUUCAAAAUGGAUUACAUUUAUUUUUAUCACCCAUCUKCACAUAAUACCCCGUAAUAACUAAGUGAAAACAUGUUUUUAAAUGUGUUGAAAAUGAAAUAUCUCACUUACAUAAGUAUUUUCAGUUCUGAGUCAAUACAAGUUAGAAUUACCUUUGGCAGUGAUUACAGCUGUGAGUCUUUCUGGGUAAAUCUCUUAGAGRUUUGCACACCUGGAUUGUACAAUAUUUGCACAUUCUUUUAAA